UGACGACGAAGAGGAGCAGGACGAAAAGAAGGAGUAAUAUGGUGGGGAUAGUGGGAUUGUAGGAAGAGAACGUAGGGUAGAGGUGGGACGGAGGAACGGAGAGUUCGAAGCGCACGAGCGCUUCAGUCGCCGCUGUAACCUCCGAACUAAAAGGACGUGCGUGCGCGUACCAUCCGGCUUUCUUGCCUUCGCUUCUCGUUCGAUUCGAUGUCGCUGAUCGCACAACAAUCUAAUUUUCUCGCCUACGGAACCCUACAGGGACCUCGAGGCCCUUCGAAAAGUGUACUGAAAAGAGUUAUUAUUAGUGAAAAGAUUAGAAAGAAGAGCUCAAACGGUGUAGGAGCUCGGCCAAGUGAAUAUAUAAAUAAAGAGCGAUUUCGUUCGCCGGAUUCUACUUUGGGAUUUCUACUUUGAAGAAACGAUUUAUAAAGAAAAGAGAAGAAUAAGAGCGGACAAGAAAGCGAGCGCUCUUAAGCGCUCUUUAAGAUGCUGGCUUCCAACACGAAUCAGUACCUAUGUCCGGAUUAUUUAACUCCUCUACCAACUACGCUAGAUGCAAAAAAGAGUCCUCUCGCUCUACUCGCACAGACCUGUAGCCAGAUCGGAGCGGAUCCACCGUCAAGCAGAUCUCUAUUGAGCAACUCGGAUAAAUCAUCGAAAUCCUCAAAAUCUAAUCGUGAUCACUCACGCGAGAGAAGUUCACCAUCAAGGCGAACUCCAACGAACGAUGUAAUUGGUAGAUCAAAUUCAAAAAAUUCUCACGAAUCCUUUGGUCGUGAAAAAACCUCCAGUCCGGAAGAUCAGCAACGAUCGGCGUCCAGUCAUUCGACAUCCGCUCGUUCCAGAACACCAGGAAAUAAUAAUAACAAAAGAUGUUCGAGCAAUCAGAGUGCUUCCUCGACCCGUGCAGUGACUCCACAAGGAAGAAAAACAACUACACCGGAAGGUGCCGUAUAUAUUGGCGAAGCAAGUCCAAACGAUGGAAUCUCAACGAGUUCCUCUACUCGAGGACCUCGCCAUGAUAGCCCUACAAUAAGGCCAAAUUCCUACAGCCCUGCCGGAGUAUUAGCUAUGACGGAUCCAUCGAUCAAGGAUCUACCACUCGGUACCUUCAAGCUCGGUCUACCUCCUUCGACAAGUUCAGCUUAUCACUUAGCCUAUGGUGGUUCGCAAUUACCAAUAGACGUUAUGUCAGCUGGUAGCUCGCUAUUGUCUCCGCAUCAGCACGCACUGAAAAGUGGGCUCAUAGGUAACCCAACGAAUCCGUAUCUGGCUUACAGUAGUCGUUUGAAAUCAUCGUCCAGCAGUGGAACCGAUGCAUCGUCCAUAGGUCUUUGUCGGGAUCCCUAUUGCACCGGUUGUCAACUGAACUCUCACCUCUUAGCUGCUGCAGCAGCAGCCGCUAUUGCAGCAACUACCGGCACGAGCGUUCCUCAACAAGCGAGCAUUCAGGCGAACGGUAAACUCUCAACGAGUCCAAUUCCAGCUCCUUCAACAGUUUCUUCUUCUUCGUCUUCUUCUUGCCCAUCCGGUUGCGUCCAGUGUGAUCAUAAAUCUGGAUCCGGCUCGCCUUACGGCUCCGGAAUGUCAACGGCUGCUGCAGCUAGCGUCGCAGCGGCUGCCUACGCCCACGCGCAAUUGAGUGCUCUCGCUGCUGCUUCGCAGCUUCCGUAUGUCUGCAACUGGAUGGCUGGUGACACCGUUUACUGUGGCAAACGCUUUGGCACCUCGGAGGAGCUCCUUCAACAUCUCAGAAGCCAUACGAAUGCUUCCGUUUCGAAUUCCGUUAGCACUACCGAUCCUUCCAACGCUGCUGCCGCUGCCGUGGCUACUGCAACGGCACUUUCAAUGCUCUCACCUCCGCUACCACCACCUCCGCCACAUUCUUUAGCCUUACCAUCCACGCAUCCUUUUUUUUCAAGAACUUAUCCUACACCACCGCUCAGUCCACUUGCUACAGCACGUUAUCAUCCUUACGGGAAACCCGCACCACCAAUGAUACCUCAUUCACUUUCGUCUCUUGCUUUUCCUUUACCUCCAACCCAUCCCGCUCAUGUAUUACCACCUCCAUCUCAUCCACAUCCGCAUUACUUCUCACCGUACUCGCUUUACGCCGCACCAAGGCUUGGUGCGGCAUCCGGACUUCAUCAAUGAGGAGAAAAACAGAGCCAGUUAUUCUCGAGAUUCUGUUUCGACUGAUCGAAAGAGCCCCCGACUGUGAUUUUUUCUCUACAAAGAUGAGCGAGAGAGAAAAAGAGAAAGAGAGAGAGAAAAAGAGAGAGAGAAAGAUUGGAAGAGAUUACAUUUUUGUCUAUUAAAGCCCAAAGACGCGAUUAUGCUUUCUUACCAUGUAUCUAUUAAAUUUUUAAAUGUGUA